AGUAUUUUUUUGAGAGUCGUCGGGAAAAGUCUUAAAAAAAGUUUAAACAGUAAAAUAAAGUGAUUUGAUAAUGAAGCGAGUAAUUUUCAUUACGUUUGCAUAUUUUUGUGCACAAGUCAUGUGUCAGAAUGAAAAUGAAGAAGGAAAGACAACUGAAAAGAUUCGGCCAUCGAUGUUAAGUAUGUUGAGCAAGUAUAUAGAAAUGAAUGGUACAAUUGAUGAAGUUAUAAAAGGUUCAAUGACCGAGAGUUACGGAGGCGUGUGGCUGAACGCGACUGCAAGGCCCAUCAACGGCAUGUGUGAAACCGAAGAGACUUAUGUGGAGGAAGUGACAAUUACCGACCGCAUCCCAUAUCAAGUUGAAGUCGAUGUAUGGUGUUGGCCUGCAGUGCGAUGCACAGAAUACGAGACACAUCAUCGAGAAGAGAUUCGCAAAGAAAACGUUACAAAGACAAGGAAAAUUCCACGAUGUUGUGAACAUUACGAAAUGAAUCCGGAAACGAAAGAGUGCGAGGCCAUCUGUAUGACGCCAUGUGAAAACUUUGGCACCUGUUCAACACCUGAUGUUUGUAAAUGUGAAUAUGGCUACGAAGGACAAUAUUGUGAAACUGACACACUGCCCGAGGGAGUAUUGACGGGACCAAACGUGUGUGAGCGAGAAGAGAUGCGAGAAGAAGUUGUGAGAGUGAUGGAGCAGGAACUUGUUGAAAUGGAAGUUAAGGAAUGGUGUUGGCCGAAGAUUCGUUGCUCGAAGUAUAAAAUGGAAGCAGUUCCAGUUGAAAAGCUUCAGAAAUUCAUUAAACCACAUCGUGUCCAAUUCUGUUGUGAUGGAUAUGCUAAAAACUUUAAAGGCAAUCGAUGUUUUCCUGUGCAAUUCGUCGAAGAUAAUCAACAGCAAAUUGAAGUUAAUUAAAGCUUUCUAAACUUUGUAUAACAUUUGAGAAAUUUAAAUAAAUUUUCCAUUUCUAAGAAAAGAA